AUGAAAUUCUCGAGCAUCCUUUCCAAGAUUCAACCCAAGCGGAAUCUCUACGCGUUCACAGUUGGUACUGCUGCAGGGUGCGCAGUAGGUCUAUGUGGUUGGGGUGGAGCUCAAGUGAUCAUUCCCUCCAUGACACUGCCAAUGAGCUUUGCCAAUUAUUCCCAGCUCAGUGCUACCGGAAUUUCACUUUCCUCCUUGUCCGUCUCGACGCUGUCGUCAGGUUACCGCUUUUGGGAAAAGGAUCGAGUCCACCUUCCAAUUGUGCUCGCCAUUGGGAUUCCAGCCGUGUUCUCAGCUCGUGUCGGGAGUCACAUUGCCAAGAAACUGUCGGGUGAUGCCUUGGCUCUGUUUUUCAACGGAUUCAGCAUUGUGCUGAUUCCUACCCAUUUUUACAUUCAAAAGCGUGCCAAAGGGCGACAACCCGAAGUCAGUUCAAAGGGACAAGAAUACGAUGGUAUCGACCCCGUUUGUACUACUGCUACUGCUACUGCCAGAAGUAGUCACCCGCUUACUUGGCCACAAGUGGCACAGCAUGCAUCCUUUGGUAUUUGCUCUGGCAUCAUCUCGGCCUUGAUGGGCGUGGGAGGACUUCCCCUCACCAUGUCCUACAUUACCGAAGCAACACAUUUACCGCAUCACUACGUUCAAGGGACGGCCGUUUGUGCCCUCAUUCCUUCCAUUCUGGUGUCUGCCGCUUCGAGGAUUCAUUCCAUUCCUGUGCAAGCCGCCGUGUCCGUGGCGCUGGGGGCCAUGGUGGGUGGCUACGGCGGAGCACAAGUUGCGUUGGAUCUGACGGAGGAGCAGCUGCGAACCAUUUACAUGACCAGCCUGGUGGUCUUUGGAGGGCGUUCGACGUUUGGUGCCGCCCGUAAUAUUCGAAACAUUAUUCAGGCAAAUCGAGGACGAUAA